GCGUGGAUGCAACGCCUGGAUGUGCAUGGGGAAAUUUGCUUUUUUUAUGACUGUUUACUCCUGUUGUGUCUCUCUGGACCCUCUUCUGACUGACUCUCUGGAGCAAAGCGGCUCUUCUGUGCAGGAAUGAGGAAGCUCAGGCUGGACAUUCAGUCUGUGUAAUAUUAAAGUGGAUGCCGAUUAACAUCAUGACCCACCGGCAUGACAUCGACACUGCUUGCUGACACGGUGCAGCAAAGGAUGCUGGGAAACACCAAGCGUUUUUUUGGCAGCACCGAGGACAAAGAGGGCGAGGAUGAAGAGGAAGAGGAGGAGCGAUUGAAGAGAGCAAAACAAAAUGGGAUGAUUGAAAUGGGGGAAAAGGAGCACCAGAACCGGGCCGGACGCAAGGUGGACGGGUCCAAACCGGCGGCCGUCGUGAUUGGCUGGCAGAGAGGAGAGAGACAGCCGAGAGCUGUAAACUCCGCCCAAAGAGGAAUCCCGCAUUUGCCCAGUCAGCCAACUCUUUAUCAUCAGACCACCAAUCAGCCACAGUAUCACCCGGUGUUGACCAAUCAGCAGGUCCGACGGCGUCUCAUGGAGCGCAGCAUGACCACAGUCACACCUGUCGAAGACUCGCACCUGGCCGUCAUCGUGUUCCGCAUCGGCAUACCUGACAUCAAACAAACGAAGUGUUUGCGGUUUGAUCCCGACUCAAGCGUUUGGAGUGCGAAGCAGCAGAUUAUUUGUUCUCUCAGUGAGUCGUUGUGGGACGUUUACAAUUACGGCCUCUUCCAGCCAGCUGGAGACGGACGAGACGCCAAGUUCCUGGAGGAGGAGCGUCUGCUGCGAGAGUUCGCCCAGUCUCUGGAGAAAGGGGUGCCCUACCUGGAGUUCAGAUAUAAGACACGGGUCUACAAACAGACAAACUUGGAUGAGAAACAACUAGCGAAGCUGCACACUAAGGCCAAUAUGAAGAAGUUUCUGGAUUAUGUUCAUGGUGGAGCUGUUGAAAAGUUGAGUAAAGCACUGGAGAAAGGACUGGAUCCAAACUAUCACGACACGGAAAGCGGAGAGACUCCUCUGACUCUGGCGGUUCAGGGGAAUCUCAGCGUGGAAGGGAUUCGUGUUCUGGUGCUGAACGGAGCUCACGUGGAUUUCAGAUCCAGAGAUGGAUUUACACCUCUUCAUAAAGCAGUCAGAGCACACAACCAGGCUGCACUCAUGGCGCUGCUGUCUUUGGGUGCAUCUCCGGAUUAUCGCGACCGCUGUGGGCUGACUGCGCUGUACCACUCGGUGCUGACAGGGGGCGACACGUCCUGCUGCGAAACCCUGCUGUACUACAGAGCUCGACUGGGCAUCCGAGAUGAGAACGGCUGGGACGAGUCACACCAGGCUUGUCAACAUGGAUUUGCCCAACAUUUGGAGCAUCUUCUGUUCUACGGUGCAGACACCACUUCCCAGAAUGCAUCCGGAAACACUGCCCUCCACAUAUCUGCCCUUUACAACAAGGAGAGCUGCGUCCGGGUCCUUCUUUACCGAGGAGCCAGUAAGGAGAUGAAGAACAAACAUGGCCACACCCCCUUCCAGGUUGCUGUGAUGUCUGGGCAUUUUGAGCUUGGAGAAAUCAUCAAAAAUCACAAUGACGCAGAUGUAGUUCCAUUUUUGGAAACUCCCAAAUAUGCUUCUCACUUUAUGGACGGUGCAUUGAAUCAGCCACUGUCGACGGGUCUUCAGCAUCCUCACCCGCUGCUCCGGGCUAAGAGCGAGAACACGAUGACCACCAUCAUGGACCCUGCAGUGAUACCCGCCGUUGCCAGUGUACCACCCGCUCAGACACAGCGCAGAGCCUCUUUUGCCAUGAGGAGCUCCAGCAGUCCCCGCGGAGCCCGAACUCGCUCCCCGUCCCGUGGAAGAGAAGGAGGAGAAACGGACGAGAAACACCACAAACAACGAGGCAGACAGGGAGGGGGUGGAGGUCAGAGGAAAAGACUCUACAGUGCUGUUCCAGGCCGUGUGUUUGUAGCGACACGUUCACACUCGGCUCACGGCGAGCGUGAGAUCAGCUUCAGCAAAGGAGACAAGGUCAAAGUGCUGAGUGUGGGUGAAGGAGGAUUCUGGGAGGGAACAGUGAAGGGCCGCACAGGAUGGUUUCCUGCUGAAUGUGUGGAAGAGGUGCUUCCUCAAAACCAGGAGCCACAAACAGAGAGCCGCAAUGAGAAGGCCAAGAGGAAACUGUUUCGUCAUUAUACAGUAGGAACAUACGAUGGCAUCGAAGUGCCCAGUGACUACAUCAUAAAGGAGAAAACUGUACUUCUGCAGAAGAAAGACAAUGAAGGCUUCGGUUUUGUACUCAGAGGGGCCAAAGCCCAGACUCCUGUGGAGGAGUUCAGCCCGACUCCAGCCUUUCCUGCUCUGCAGUACCUGGAGUCUGUGGACGAGGGAGGUGUCGCCUGGAGGUCCGGCCUGCGGAUGGGGGACUUCUUGAUUGAGGUGAAUGGGAUCAAUGUAGUCAAGGUGGGCCACAGGCAGGUGGUGAACAUGAUUCGCCAGGGAGGGAACAGUCUGAUGGUGAAGGUCGUCAUGGUAGCAAGAAAUCCAGAGAUGGAGGAAAUGCCUAAGAAGAAAGUUCCCCAGCAAAGUAAGCGGCUGACCCCUCCGGCUAUAGCGAUACGCUCCAAAUCCAUGACUUCAGAACUGGAGGAGAUGGCUGCCUCACCAUGGAAGAAGAAACCUGAUCACACUGAGAGCUCUCAAGCUCCGGAAAAGAAGAAGAGCGUCUAUCAAAUGGCCCUUAAUAAGCUAGACGAGAUUCUAGCCGCUGCUCAGCAGACAAUUAGCACAUCAGACUCUCAGGGUCAUAGAGGUCAUGGGGGCAAGAAGGAACGAAACAAGGGCUUUAACGCUAAUGAGCAAACUUUUGAACAAUCAGGUGUUGGCAUGAUGUCAUCAGGGUCUGGGUAUGGUUAUAACCAAGCCCAGUUUUCAUCAGGCCAUUCAACUCAACGUGCAAUGAUGAUGCGUCAGAAAUCCAUGGGAGUGACAGAAGAAGAGAGGGUGCAUCUCCAUCCUCCUACUAUGAAGCUGUCCCGUAGUCUUUCUGUGCCUGGACCUGAGGACAUUCCCCCUCCACCCGACACCUCAGCGCCUGAGCCGCCCCUGUCUGCAGGCGGCCACACAGACAGGAGAGCAGCACCUACUCAUUUUUAUGCUGUCCCUCCUUUGCCUCCAUCACACCACCUGCCUCAUAGCCAGACACAACACAAGGUCCCACCCAACCGCAGGGCUGAAACUGAUACCAGCAAGACGAGUGGAGCACGAAUGGGUGGCCUGAGGCGAGGCUAUAGCAAUGCCACGCCUCCUUCUGAUUUGGGCUCCAAACAGUCCACCGCACAGCGCAACCAAGCGCCAGCGGUGGCCAAGAUUGCCGGUCGGCAGGGUGGGAAAGGACUGUUGGUAAAGCAGCGGAAGGUGGAGGAGACAACGGGAAGAGAAAAGCUAGAGAAAAGCUCCAUUUCAAUUCCGACGAUUAUUGUUAAAGCACCGUCUACCAGCAGCUCUGGGCACAGUAGCCGUGCAAGCAGUGAAGAUACUGAACCAUCUCCUGAAAAUAAUGAAGAGCAGGAUGAGGGACAGCCUCAGAACCCGGUCAUGGCUCCGACGCCAGCUCCACCUCCACCACCUAUCAUCCCUGCGAAAAUGGAAACACUGGGCAAGAGCACAGCACAGCGGGAACGUGAACGCUUUCGUGAUUCCCGCCGGAGAAGCACCUCAUUCUACUACUCGUCUGAGGAGGACAUGUUAGAUGAGCAGGAGUCUGCUCAAACUUCACUAGAGGCUAGCACCUCUCCUCGCUUGCGCCCUUCCAAGUCUAUUGAUGAGGGAUUGAUCUCUGGUGAUGCCUUAAGCAUGCCGCCUGCAUUUGGGUUGCCGCAGUAUGCAUCAGCUACACCUCAUCAAGCCACUACCUUCAUCCACCCAUUGACAGGGAAAGUUCUAGACCCAACAAGCCCGCUUGGACUUGCGCUGGCAGCUCGCGAGCGAGCUCUGAAAGAUGACCGCCGUACACGUCGAGAUGAACGCCACUUCGGUCGACAGAUGUCCAGCACUGGAGCUUUUCCAUCUGCGGUCUCCACUCCAAACCAAAAGCCUGUUCCUCCGUUCUAUAUCUACCAAUCACACACCUCACUCUACCUUAGUGGUGCCUCUCCAACAACAGGUGGGCCAGUGGCACAGAGCCGGCCGCAGUCUCCUCGAUUGAUGCGACUGACUGGUGGUGGGACAGGGAGCUUGGAAUGGAAUGAGCAGAAUAUUGGAGAUAGAGAAGAUAGAGGGGCACCAAAGGUGCGCUUUACAGAAAAUCAAGCUGGACAGUAUCAGUCUCACCAUCAGGACAGGGACAACAGAGCCAAUCAGUACCACACUUACCUGCGGGAUCGAGAGAGGGAAGGGCACAAGAGGAUACCUCCCAAGCCUCCUCCCCGCAGGCAAUCCUUCCCAGGUAAGGAGAGUGAACUCAGUACUACUGACAAAAAUCCCACCAGCAAUUCCCAGGAAAACAGGGGAGGACAGAAGGUAGGGGAGACUGGAAUAGAAAAAGAGGGAGAGAAGAAUGCAAAGAGAGGGACACAUCUCGGGGUUGGAGAAGGUGGUGAUGUGAUGAUGCUUCCACCACCUGCUCCAUCUGUGGAUGUGGACGAUGAAUUUGUGUUUGCCGAACCCCUACCUCCUCCUAUACAGUUUGCAAAUGGAAUGGAAAUAGACACCCAAGGAGCAACAGAAUAUAAUCAACAACAACAGAAGGAGCUGUCAGGAUCUCAGCCACUCAAGGAGCAACAGUCUCUGCAAACACUUUCCAAACCCCCGCAAGACACCAUGUCCCUACCAGACAACACGCAAGCUGACUCACAGCAAGCACCCGUCCAUCCUUCUGCUGUGGUACAUCCAUAUCUUUUCCCACCAAAUCCUUUAAUUCCCCCUCCACAGCUGUGUCCUAAAAUACCUCCUGGAAACCCACCUCAUUCGCAACCCUCUGGCUAUUCCCAGCACCCAACCACCCAACCUUUACCCUCACCACAAGCGGGAGACUCUGCUGCUUCUAGUCUCACUUCUUAUGACAGUGAGGUGGCUAAUCUGACUCAGUCUGCUCUCUCCCCGUCCCUUCCAUCUCCUCAGAUUUUCCCUUCUUCCAGUUCCCCUUCUGCUCAAGCCACCUCAUCUGACCCUAUGUCGCUGCAUCGGCCUCUCCCACUUUUCUACCCUCAGCAAGGACACACUAAUGUUUCUAUGCCCUAUUCUACCAUGGCUGCAACUGCAGCCGUAAUGACUGUCACCACAACAAUGCCUUUAGAAAGUACAUCAGUUAUUGUAGGUGAUCGACUUCCUGCAGCACUUAAAGGACGUGAGUGGUCAGAGGCUGUGGUGGAUUCUGGGAUUGAGGAACUGGACAGUCACAGCAGCAGCGAUCACCACAUGGAAAACUAUGGAGAAAGAAGGGAACGAGAAGGAGGCCAAGUAAAACAGAGGGAGGGAAGACGGAGAGAAAGCAUGGAGAGUGGGCUAGUUGGGGAUGGAUUCAAAGGAGACAGAAGAGUGUCCCUGGAUUCAUCUCUUUCUCGCACAGAUAAAUUCCCUCCCAAACACAAACCACACAUACAUAAACCCAGACCUCCAAACCUGCCACAUAUGCACACUCACAAUAUGCCAAAAUAUCACUCACACACAGAGAAUGGCCGCCCUGGACCACAGCUACAGCGGCAGGCUAGCGCAGCUCCCAACAUGUAUAGGUCAAGGGAAGAGGAAGAGCAGGAACAGGAUAGAGGAGGUGACACUGCAGUGAAGAUUCCAGCAUUUAUGGAUCGUCGUCUGAACUCUCCUCUCUCCAAUGUCAAGGCCAGCAUUAUAAAUGAACUCAGCAGUAAACUACAACAUCUUGGUGGCUGGCAGGGUCAGGGACCACCACCAAAUCAUCGGUUUCCAGGUGAUCCCUCUGGCUGCGCACCUCUUCUCCCGGCUGCUGCACAGUCUCUCCAACACUCCUUCUCUCCAAACUUGCCCCCAAACUCUUUAACAUCUAACUGCCCCAAUGUGGCACUCAACCCAAACCCUGUACCAUCAUCUCCUCUUCCUCUAACAUCUCUAACCCCAGCUUUAACCCCGACCCCAUUACCUCUAACCCCAGCUCCACCUCCACUCAAAGACUGGACACCAUCAAAUUCGCCCAUUUCUUUUCCUCAUGGGAUUUUAUCCCCUCCAUCACUCCCCCAUGCUCCACUCUCUCCUCUUUCCCUGGCUCAUGCACCACUCUCUCCUCCAUCAUUACCUCAUCCACCCAUUUCUCCAAUAUCUCUUUCUCAUGCACCGCUUUCUCCUUCUGCUAUCUCCCAUCCACCACUUUCCCCAUCCUAUUCCCCCUACCCUUUAUCCCCGAAGCAUCGCUCUAAAUAUCGUGGUAAAGUUUCAGAAUUCCAGUUUUCUGGGCCAGAGCUGCGGCGUGCUGAAUCCCAUUCAUACACUCAGCGCCGCCGAGCUCCGAGUCCCCUAAUCUCCUGCUCGGACCACGUACAACCUGGACCUCCACGUCCAUCUUCGCUCCCUCUCUUUCCAUCCACAUCACUCUACGGCACUCCGUAUGAAAUGCAGCCCCCUUUAACCCCCCCACUGGCAGUCGCUCAUCCAUAUUCAGACCAUUUUUUCCCUCCAAAUUCUCCUCUUUUCUCACUUCCAUCUUCUGUGGUUCCUCAAAACCCCACGCUGGUUUCUGGUUCUCUCUCACCUACCAAUUUCCUGUCUGGAGGAUCCUCCCCUUCUUGUAUGGGUUACCCGCCCUUAACUCCGCCUCCACCCAAUCAACCUUUUGUGUCAAAACCCCUCCCCUACUGGAGCAAAUAUGAUGUUGCUGAUUGGCUGACUUACCUGAAUCUGGCAGAGCACCGGGAACGUUUUCUCGACAAUGAGAUCGACGGCUCUCAUCUGCCUUCUUUGACAAAAGAGGACUUCCUGGAUCUGGGUGUGAGUCGGGUUGGACACCGCAUGAAUAUUGAACGUGCGCUUAAGAGACUUACAGACAGGCUCUCCUCUGCUUUCUCUGUCUCCACUGUUUCUUCUGAAGGGCAGAACGAACGCAUGAGAGAUGAGGCAACUCAGAGCUAAGAGAGUAUUAGGGAGAACCAGAUAGAGGAUAGAAAGAAAGAAUGGGGUUAGACAAAAGCACUCGGGAUGAAAGGAAAGACUUCCACUGAAGGACAGAGAUGGGCAUGAUUGUGAUGGAGAUGUGCUAUGAAAUACUCGAACGCUCUCGCAGAUCGAACGCUAAAGUCAUCUUGAGCGUGUUUGUCGUCCAGACGGGCAGUUGACUUCAGCCAAUCAGAGACAGACAGAGAGAAUGUACUUCUCUUUUGGGGGGGGGGAUGACGAGAUCAAAAGAUGUAAUGACUUUUAGUAACAUAUUAUUAUAUUAAUACAAAUGAGGCUAAUGUGCGUAUUUUAGCGUCAUGACAUGCAGGCUUUUUGAUUCAUCUGAAAAUAUGAUGAUUAAAGUCAACAUGCAGUCAGAAGGGACCCCAUUUACUUUUUAAUAGUGUGUCGUUUCCAGGAAAAUUAAACAAUGUCAUAUUUAACCAUCCAGUCAGUUUGCAAAACACUGAUAUCUAACGCCCUGCCUUACGUUUUUUUUGUUUGUUUGUUUUUUAUCAUUGAAUGUACUGCACAAGAAAGCCAGAUGGGUUGCCGACUGCUUCAUGUUGACUUUAAGCUGUAAAAGCUCUAAAAAGAUGCCAUCAUAAUGACAAUAAUAACCAUAUAAUGAUUAAGUAUGUAAGUGUUUUAAUACCGUAAGCAGAAUCAGUCUUCCAAAGAUCAGAACACAAUGAAAGAACCCAUCGUUUAUAUUGCUUAAGUGCGCUCUUGUUAUGCUAUACAGAGACACACACCUGCACACCAAUACACACUCAAUGUGCGUGUGUGCAUGUGUGUGUUUUGUUAUGGCGGUGGUGGUUGUUUUAUAGGAGUAAAGCAUAACUCCAUUUCAUUUGAAAAUAUGUUUAAGGAAAUAGGAACAAAGAAUAUAUAUAUAUGUAUGUGUGCGUGUGUGAGUGUGUGUGUGGAAAUGUAUGCAGAAUUAAAGUAUAUAUAUAUAUAUAUAUAUAAA